ACCUUCCUUAUGAAAUCCUAUAUAAAUCCCCAAAACCUAUUCCCCUUCUUCCUAGGUAAAGUUCAGCACUCCGAUCCGACGUAUCUUUUCUCACCGGCGCCACCACUCACCGUCCGUUGCAGGCGAUUUCCCCGGCAGCAACAUGGGACGCGUUCGCACCAAAACAGUGAAGAAAUCUUCCCGUCAAGUCAUUGAGCGCUACUACUCGCGCAUGACUCUGGACUUCCAUACGAACAAGAAGAUUCUGGAAGAGGUCGCCAUUAUCCCUUCCAAGAGACUCCGAAACAAGAUAGCCGGAUUCUCCACUCACCUCAUGAAGCGGAUCCAAAAGGGACCUGUUCGCGGCAUUUCUCUGAAGCUUCAAGAGGAAGAGCGCGAGCGCCGAAUGGACUUCGUCCCUGAUGUCUCCGCCAUUAAAACUGAUCAAAUCGAGGUCGAUAGGGAGACUCUCGAUAUGCUUUCUGCUCUUGGAAUGACCGAUAUUCCGGGGAUAGUUCAGGUCGAUCCGACUGUGCCACAGCAGGUUGCGUUCGGAUUGGGCGGUCGCGGUAGGAGGUACUGAGAUUAUUCGCUAGGGUUUUGAUUUUUAUUUUUUUAAUCUCAUUUUCGGUUGAGGCUCAGUUUUGGUUAUGAGGAUUGUUAGUUUCUGAUAUGCUAAAGGUUAUGGAAUUUACAUAUUAAUUUCGAAUUAUCAAAUUCAAUAGAGAGAUUCUGUUUCUUCU